CCUGCCAUCCUGGGAACACUUCCUGUGAACCUUUGUUUAACUUUCCCUAUAGCAAUUAUAUCUUUCCUGACAUAAACAGACCAAAACAACACACAAUAUUCUAGGUGUGAUCUAAUCAAGCUCCAAUAUACUUGAAAUGAGACUUCACUACUCCUGUACUCAAAUUCCUGUGCAAUAAAGGCUAACAUUUCAUUAGCUUUUCUAAUAGCUCACUGUACUUACAUGUUAGUUCUCAAUUAUUUAUCAACAAGGAGUCUUAGGUCACUUGGCACACCUACACUUUCCAACCUCUUAGCAUUUUAGCGAGACUCUGCUAAUCUGCUUCUCUGACCAAAGUGGAGAACCUCACAUAUUUCCACAUGGUAUUCCAACUGCCAUGUUCUUGCCCAUUCCCUGAGCCUGUCCAAAUCUUCUUGAAGCCACUUCGACUUCACUUUCUAUCAACCAGAAAUUUGGAACAAUUGUAUUUGGUCCCCACUUCCAAAUCAUUUAUAUUUAUGUAUUAUAUGUAAUGCACUAAGGUGCCAAGUCGUGUUCCUUCUGGGACCCCACUAGUCACAGCAUGCCAACACAAAAAGGACACAUUUAUUACUUCCGUCUGAACCAAUUUGGGGUAUCCAUCAGAAUCCCAUUCCCCUAACAGGCUAGUUUAAAUUCAGCACAACACCACUGGCAGAUCUUCCUGUGAUGUUAUUGUUCCAAUUUGUUAAGGUGUAACCUGUUCAGUUCCUAACAUAUCAUUCAUAGCACUCUUUUGCACUUCUGUAAUUCUCUCCUGAAUCAGUCGGUACCCACACUUCUUCCUCUUCCAGAGCUGGUUCACUUCCUAUAGGGACUGAAAACCAAGUGAGGAGAUGAAGGAUUGUAUCAUACUACACCAGAGAAUACAGAGAGGAUAGACACAGCAGACAGAUCCUGACCAUCACCCAAGGAGCAACUGCACAACUGUGGGAAGACAUCCAAUUUCUUUGCAGUAUUGCUGAACAUGGAGAAGGUUGAGCAGUGAAACCAUCAACUAGAAAUUGGUCGGGUCGGGGGGAGCUUUGACACAUCAUCAGAUCUGAAAUUGAUCAGUGCUUGUGCAGCCUUCCAUUAGAACCAACCUAUCUAAAGGUUCAGCUGUGGGUGAUCGGUCAGGGUGAGGCUGGGAAAAAGUGUGAAUGGCUCCACGUGUGGUGAGAGCUUCAAUCAUUCAUCGAAUCUUAUGAAUCACUGACCCAUCCCUACAGGUGUUCAAGUGUCAGGAAGGUUCUGUACGCUAUAUAGUCAUCCUAUGAAUAAUAUCUAUUCAAAUCAUUUUUAACACAUGGACAGCUACAUGGAAGAGAAACCAUUUAAGUGUGAGGUUUGUGAUAAAUCAUUUGUGACAUCCACAAGGCUCUUGAGACACCAGAUGAUUCACAGAGGAGAGAAACCUUUCAGGUGUGAGUUUUGUGAGAAGGCUUUCACCCAAUCUUCCCACCUUCAGCGACACCAGAGGAUUCAUACGGGGCAGAAACCAUUCACGUGUGAGGUGUGUGACAAAUCAUUCUUGGACUUAUCAAACCUACAUGCACACCAUCGUAUUCACACAGGGGAGAAACCAUUCAUUUGUGAGGUAUGUGACAAAUCAUUCUCAGAUUCAUCAACGCUGCGCAAGCAUCAGCGCAUUCACACAGGGGAAAAGCCAUUCCUGUGUAAGGUGUGUGAGAAAUCAUUCUCACAAUCAUCGACACUACGCACACAUCAACGUUUUCACACAGGGGAGAAGCCAUUUACGUGCAAGGUGUGUGCAAAAUCAUUCUCACAGUCAUCAAACCUCCGCACACAUCAGCGCGUUCAUACAGGGCAGAAAGCAUUCACAUGUGAGGUGUGUGACCAACCAUUCUCGACUUCAGGGCAGCUCUGCAGGCAUCAACGAGAUCAUACAGGAGAGAAACACUUUAUGGAACAAAAACGUUUCAAAUGUGAGGUUUGUGACAAAGCCUUUGUGAAAUCUACCCAUCUCCUGAUACACCAGAGAAUUCACACAGGGGAGAAACCAUUCAGGUGUCAGGUAUGUCAGGCAGCUUUCACCCAAUCUUCCAAUCUCCUGACACACCAGAAGUUUCACACAGGAGAAAAGCCAUUCACAUGCAAGGUUUGUGACAAAUCCUUCUUGCAAUCAUCAUGUCUCCGUGCACAUCAACGUGGUCAUACUGGGGAGAAACCGUUCAGGCGCAAGGUUUGUGAUAAAUCAUUCUCACUAUCUUCAACUCUCCACCGACACCAACGCAUUCACUCAGGCGAAAAACCGUUUGUGUGCAAGAUUUGUGACAAAUCAUUUUCACAGUCAUCAACCCUUCGCACACACCAACGCACUCACACCGGAGAAAAACCUUUCUUCUGCAAUGUGUGUGAUAAAUCAUUCACACAGUCAGGGAACCUCCGCACACACCAACGCACUCACACAGGGGAGAAACUGUACAAAUGUUUGGAGUGUGAUAAAUCAUUCCCUGACUCAUCAAGACUCCUGCUCCAUCAGAGGAUUCACACGGGGGAGAAACCAUUCAUAUGCGCGGUGUGUGAUAAAUCGUUCUCAAAGUCAUCGAACCUACGUGCACACCAACGUAUUCACACUGGGGAGAAGCCAUUCACGUGUGAUGUAUGUGAUAAAUCAUUUUCAGAGUCAUCAAACCUCCAUAAACAUCAACGCCUUCACACAAGAAGUUAAGCAAGGAAAGCAGAGCUACGUCACUAAUAUCCUAUUCACAGCUGCACUCUCUCUGAAGGAAGGUAAUAUUGGCACAGAAUGUGGAGCCUUCCAAACUUAACCAGCAACAGCACGACAUGCCAGGAGUCAUCCACCCGGCAAAGACAUUGACUAUGUCAGAACAGUGUCUUUUCCAGAUAAAAUGAACAACACAACGAAAUGCAACUCUUCAAAUGUUGCAGAAGGUUGUGAUGGCCAUUAAGGAUAUGCUUUUUACUAGAUAAGCGUAUUGGGCAAACAGAUGAGGUGAUUGUCCAAGAUGGAAUCUUGUACAAAAGGAGCAGAGUCAAUAUCCCUCAGGAUAUGUUGAAAGGCAUUCUACACAAGCCAUCAAGGAAUUGGGUCUAGUCUGAGGAAGGUAAGAGAAGUGCUGUACUGGCCAAACACGAGAAUAAGCCAGUGCAGAGCUUGUAACGAACAUCAAACUAAACAUGAUAAAGAGUUGCUCUUGAAUCGUUACAUCUCAGACAGCCCAGAGAUGAAACUUGAUGUCGAGCUCUUCAUUCUCACUGGAACUGAUCGGCUUGUCACAGUGGAAUAUUAUUCAGAUGGCGGGGAGUUAGUCCAGCUGACAUCACCAACUCCCAGUCAGAUUGUCUGAAAACACACUUCAGUCAUCAUGAGAUUCCUAACACUGUGAUCAGUGACAGUGACCCCAAUUCACGAGUGAAGAAUUCAGACAUCUCAGCAAUGAUUUUGAAAUUCAGCACCACAUACCAUCUGCCAAUCAAUUGGAAAAGCUGGGGCAAUGGGGAAAUUGCCAAAGGAACCGUCAAAAACUCAAGUACAUCAGGCACAGAUGUGUACAACACAACAAAAAGCACAGUUUUACAGUUCCUAAAAGCUGCUAAGGUUUUCAGUGACUGAUAGCAGAGCACAUCCAGGCCGCUCUUCCAGUUGAUAAAAAGCUACUGAGUCCAGAAUUAAUGACAACAGUCGGUGAGAAGAUGGAAAUAAGUUGACAGAAAUUUAAUAACACUGCCAAAAAUUGUGGCAGGAGCAGAGAGUUGGAGUGCCAUUCAGUGUAUAAGCAUUCAAUGCAUUCAACAAAACUCAGCUCCCGAGGUCACCUGGGACCUAUGUACAGAAGUUGUCACUUCAACUGCACUCUAAAAAUGACUGAUCAGAUCUAUCAUCGGAACUGCAAGCAUUUACCUGCAACUAAAGAGGCUGUUCCUUCACAGCAGAUAGAGUCUGAAAAGGUAGAUCUGAUUUCAAAUAUUGAGAAAGCAACUGAACAGUCCUGAAUCUCACUCAUUCCUGAAUGAAAGCACCAGCUCAGCUGCAUAAACCAACACACCAUCAAUACUUGCCACAACAACCAUAUUGCCCCAAGAAGCAAAGUCACCUCAGUAACUAGAUGACAUGAAAUGUCUAGCUCACUGACAACUUGUAGGCAUAACAUUACAGAAGUUGAAUGCUUUAAAGUUAUAUGGGUAAUACUGGAGACAGAUGAAAUUGGAACAGCAUAGAAAGAACCAACAGAUUUUUCUCCAUGUAAGAUCAUUUUCUUUGUAAAAUAUAAAUUGAAAAUGAUAGUGCAUGUAAUUUGUUUCCUACACAAAACAAGUUAUUCUGAUAAACACCUUUGUGCACUGUCACUUCCCAUAUUCUCUGACCUCAUGUCAUUUAAUCUCAUUUAAGUAUCAAAAUAAGUUUGGACAGUCGC